AUGGAGUGUGCAACGGAUGAACUCCUCAUCUACCUUGUGAAGAUUCAACAACUAGCUCAGUCCAUAUCUAUGACGCUGGCUUUCCGAAACAACUCGAGCUUACAGGUGGAUCUGCCAGUCACCAUCAUUAUCAAGAGUUUUCAGCAACAGCUCGAGGCGUUCAAGAACUCUGUACCCAUGAGUCUUGCAGAUAACUCAUCCAUUAUGGCUCAUUUCCAUAUUGCCGAGAUGCUUUUGUAUGAGAUCGGCGUUCAAGAUGUGCAGGCCACCGCCUCUCUACCAGCGACCGAUCGCCUUGAGCUGCUAUGGUCAUGUCUCAAUGCCACAAAGACAUUUCUAAACAUCCGCUUCUCAGAACCAUUAUCUGAGCACCCGAGAUUUAUAUGCAUGGCUUCUUUUGACUUUGUCUACUCCCUCAUCCUCUGCCUGAAGCUCAUGACUCUCAACUCUCCAGGCUGGGACCUGAAUACGGUUCGGAAACAGCUCUCUUUCGAUGAGUUGGUAACCAGGCAGGCUAGCGAUCUGAGAAUGCUAGCGGAGAGGAGGAGCAGGGGUAGGGGCACGGUGGGCGCCGCACUGGCAGACCCUUUCCUACGACUUGCCACUAGACUGGAGCAAUUCAACGAGGUUCUGCGCAUGGAGCUUGGCAGCGCGCCGCAGAUGUCAGAAAUGACUCCGGUCGAGGCCCUGGCGCAGACGAGCCAAGACUUUGUUCAGGACUUGGACUCAAGUUUCUGGCAGGCCAUGUUCACCAUGAACCCCUCGGAAAACUUGCAGACUACCGCCGAUGCGCCGUGGCCAUACUGCUGA